GACCAGCAGGCAGGGCCGGACUAGGGGCCGGGGCGGCGGGGAGAGUGGCUUUGGGCGGGAUGCGGGAUGCAGAGGACCUGACACUUCUUGGAAACUCCGGGAAAUGGCUCCCGCCCCGGCGCCGGAGAGGGAUGCGCACCCGGGGCUGACGCUCGCCCCCGCCGGGAUGCUGAGCCGCGCGCGCACCGAGGGCCCCGCGGCGCUGUCCCCGCGCUCCGCCGGCGGCUCCGGCUCGAAAAGUUUCUCCAUGGUUCCUUUGUGUCUCCCGAGCGCCCGUUCGCCGGCCCCGAGCUGCCCCCGUCUUCCCGGCAGGAGGAGGUGGAGGAGCGGCUAGUGGGCAGCUGGUGCCCCCCCCCCCGCCCCCCGCACAGGCCUCCGGCCCCGGGUUAGCCCCACUCUCCACCGCUCGCUAUGAUCGCCACCGGCGGCCUCCUGAGGAUCUCCGCCCGGAAGCAGGACCCCCUCCGGCCCCCGGGCCAGGUCCCCAAGCGCAAACGGAAAGCCAAGAAGAGGCGCAAGAACGACGUGGUGGUGGUGAAGGGCAAGCUGAAGCUGUGCUCCGUCUCUGGGCUCAUCGCCCUCUGCGGGAUCGUGGUGCUGCUCGUAGGCAUCGCCCUGGCGGUGGUGGGCUACUGGCCCAAGGCCAACGGGGCCCACCGGGAGGGGGCUAAGCAGCCGCCGUCGCCGCCCGGGGGCAGCGGCCACCGCGUCCCCUCCGUGACCAACAGCAGCAGCGGGGGCAGCAGAAACCGGUCCAGGACCCAGCCGGGGCCUCCGGAAGGUGUCACUGCCAGUUCGGUGGGCGCGCCCAGGAGCACGCCCCCAGCGCGGUCCCCCGCCCCCUCUCCGUCGUCCUCCACGUCGGUGGGCUUCUUCUUCCGCGUCUUCUCGGGCUACCUGCACUCCGACAAGCUCAAGGUCUUCGGGCCCCUCAUCAUGGGCAUCGGCAUCUUCCUCUUCAUCUGCGCCAACGCCGUGCUCCACGAGAACAGGGACAAGGAGACCAAGAUCAUCAACCUGCGGGACCUCUACUCCACCGUCAUCGACGUGCACAGCCUCCGCGCCAAAGACCUGGCGGCCGCCGCCUCGUCCUCCGGCCCCGCCUCGGCGCCCCCCGGGGCCGCGCCGCUGAACGGCUUCCUGGGCUACGUGCAGUCGCGGAGCCUGGAGCUGAAGCCCGGGACCCGUGGCGGCGCCGCCGGGGACGCCUUCGGGGCGGCAGCGAUGCUGGCCCGCGGCGCCUGGCCCCACCCCGCGGCGCGGGGCGGGGGUGGCGGGGGGACCCCAGGCGCCGCGUCCCCGCCCGACCUGGCCUUGUCCCCGCGCCGCCCGCGGGAGCCCCCGAGCCUGGCGGAGGCCGUGUACAGCAUCUACCGCGAGCGCCCGGGCGUGGCCGGCCGUCGCCGGGCCGCGAGCAGCGGCAGCAGCCCGGCGCCCGGCAGCCCCGCCGAAACCUGGGGGCGCCCGAGCACCGCCAGCUCCCUCGUGGGGUCGUCGCUGAGCGCCUUCGCGCUGCUGCCCCUGCCGGGGGACCGCGACGGGGACGCGGGGGCCGCGAGCCGCGGCUGGCAGCGGCCGCCCGGGGAGCGCGGCGCCCGGGAGAUCCCGCUCGACCUGAGCCUCGCCGACCUCCGGGGCGGUGCCCGGGGCGGCGCGCGCUGGGCGCCCCGCGAGCCGGAGGAGCCGGCGGCCGCGCGCGCCGCCAGGGGGCAGGGCGGCCGCCUACCCAGGACCGGCAGGCACGCGGCCCUGCGGCGCCGCAGCACCAGCGGGCUGCCGGACUACCGGGCGGCCCAGUCCCCCGAGCCCCCGGCCGCCUCGCGCAGCGCGGACCUGGACUCCAGCCUCCCAGAGCUCGCGGCCUCUCCGGAGCCCCCCGCCCGGCCGGACUCGCCGAGUUCCCAGUCUGAUGACCCGUCCUGCAGCAAUAAGGGCUACACCCCCCUGCGGGAGACCGGCACCUCCCUGGAGUCGAUAGGGGACCUGGGGGCCGGUGGAAACCCAGACGGGGAGGACGCCCCCGCCCCGGGGCCGGAGCAGAGACCCCCGGAGGAUCCAGGUCAGGAGGCCCUCGAGGCCGAGCUCUCCCAGCCGGUGCAGAGGCAGUUUACAAACAAGGAGAAACUCUACAUGAUUUCCCGGUCUCACGCCUCAGGGGUCGAGGACGGAGAACUGGAGAGUGCUGGCAUUUAGCAAGAGAGAGAGAGAAGAUAGGAGAAACGCCUGCAGGAAGCAGGGGGUUUAUCCGCGGAAAUCGCCCUCUACCCAAAGAGCUGCAGAAUGUUAGCCUUGAAUUGCGUUCACGAGAUUCCUGUAGAUAAUUCCAAGCAAUUUUUUUUUCAAAGCAAACUAGUCUUAUGGGUCCGAUGGUGAUUGUAUGUUCUCUGAAAACCAAAUGUAUUAAAAGGUCAGCAAUCUAGUUCCUUAGAUAAAAUUCUCUUAAUUUUCUGAGGAUCAAAAUAAUAUAUUUUUGACAGUAACUGUGCACUUUACUCAAACUUUUUUUUUUUUUUUUUUGGAUCUCUAAUUCCCCUGACCUGUACUCUGCUGCUGGUUUUGUCCCUAGCUGCUCGUGAAUGACAAGCUUUCUUCCUUCUGUGCUUUUGGGGAGCAUAGAAGGGUUUGUCUCAGUUCUCUGAGAACUGAUUUUACUCAGUGAAGUCAAAGCCAAAAGCAUGAGUUUGUCUGAACAGAUCACAGUUCCCUGCCCCACCCCUGUCUGUUCAUCCCACCACCUGAAGGCCUCUUUAUUUUUGAAAAGGGUAUUUACAUUUUGCUACUAGGGUAUCUCAUGGAGACUAGGGGCCAGCAUUGAGUGGGACUGUUAUGUUCCUCAAUUCACUAUAUCAAGUACACAAUACUUUAUGGAGUAUUAUCACACCUGUACUGAAAAUAGCAUUACCAUGAAAAAAAUCUUUUUUUAAUAAAACAAGUUUCCAAACAAA